GGCGGGGCGGCAGCGGGAGCGCGCCCGUCUUUCCCGGGCGACCGGGCGGUUUUCCGUGGCUCUGUGACUGGGCGCCCCGUUACGUAGGUUACGCAUACAGUCACUCCCGAAGGGCCUUUCGGAGCCCGCCCAGAUAGCUGCGCCCUCCCAAUACCCGGGCACCCCGAAAGCGGGGGCCGCGAUGGUACCGGGCGGGGGCUCAACGUGGAGCUGACCGGGGGCUGAGAAGUGUCGGGGCGACGCACGAAGCCCUUCCCUGCCGUCGGGGUUCCCGCCCGCCGAUUUCCAGCCGUCAGGGUCACGCCUCUCUCUGGACACCCUGAGCACCGUGUACCCCAAGCCCCGGGCCCCCUGCGGGAAUGUUCAAAAAUGAGUACCAGGGAGGUGCAUUCGUUGAAAUCUUUAGUGCCCAGGGCAAAAAUCCUGGAGCAAAAUGGAAAAUCCUUGGCAGUCCGUCUGUGAUUUGGAAAGAGUUUGAUAGAGAAGUUAAAAGUUUUGUGUUUGUCCUGGAAGGCAGCAGCCAGACAAACAAAAUUCAGUUACCUAAGGAGAAUAAGCAAAUCCUUGGACUGAUCCAGAGGUUUCUCGUACUUCAGAUUUACAUACCCCUGGGACAAGACUUCUCCACUGAGUUGCUAAUUACCGAUUUAGGGAACAUUAAAAGAAGAUUGUAUUUAUCAACGGUCCAUAAGGAACUGUCCUCAACUCCUCUUCAUGCAAAAAUCCCACUCUUCAUGAUCAAGCGCAAAAUUUGGUGCAAUCUAUGCAUAGACUUGGUAGCAUUUACCAGUGAAAUAUUCAAGGGAGCAGUUUUCCAGUCCUUGGAUGGAAUCAUUGUCUCAGCUAACUGUAAGCUGCGGAAGAUCUUCACUUUAAAAUGCAAGCCUCAAGACACUGCUGAUAAAGACGGCAUCUAUGAAUCGUACUGCUGUACUCAGUCUACAUUUCUCUUGGACCAUGUAGCCAGAUAUGGUGUUCCCUUUCCAACAGAUGAACCUACAGACAUUAUUCCACGAAGCUGCCAACUAACGACAGAUGUUCCACAAGUCACACAGCUGCUAAACAUGACUAAACUCCGCCAAACUGAAAUAAAAUUUGGAGGUCAUCCUCUAAGUUCAGCAGAAUCAGAUCAGUUCAUUAACAAGGGAACAGGUAAUGUGCGCAACAGUAAAAAUCAAGAUGUUUGUCAUAUCGCCUUUGGAUCCAGAGUUCUGGGACCACCUCCACUCUCUGGAAGAAGGAAUAACAUGAGGAUAUCCACUGAGACAGUAAGAUCCAUUGGGUCCAAAAAUAACCGAUCAGGCCAACAGUCUGUGGCCGAGGACUGUGUCAGCAGUGCAGAGAUGUCAGCCUCGCUGAUGCCGGAGUCAGAGGAGCAAGCAGAUAAAGAAAAUAUUCACCAAAUAAAGCAGACCAUACCUGUUCGUGCCGAUCUACAUGUUAUGCAUCCACAUCCCCCUCAAGAACCAUCAGCAGAUAAGAAUAAUAACAGGAGAAGAUUACGGUUAAAAAGCACCAGCAGAGAAAGGACAGAGGCACACAGCGGCAGUUCUUCAGGAAAUAACAGGAAUGAAGAUAAAGCAACAGUUGCCAUCAACAGCGGGUCCCAACAAAGCACAGAGAUGAACCCCAGCUCUCCAGCACUGCAGUCUCCCGAUCAAACAGCAGAUGAGUGGAUAUUUCCUGAACAUGAUGAUCGCAUUUCCCAUUUGGCAUCCAGCAGACGGUCUCUCCUGGAUGAAGACUCCUGCCAUGCUUCACACAUGUGGCUGGAAGCCAGCAAGGAAAGUGAACAUGGCCAACUGGCAGAGGAAACCCAGGUUGUCCCGAAGGACAUUUUCACCUUUUCAUCAAGACCACGAUCAGCGCCUCAUGGAAAAACUCAGAACACGUCCCCAGAGGGGUGCCCAUUUAUUCUGGAUCUAAAAGAGGAUACCAGCCUGACAAGGAGAGACACCGAAUCGGAGGAGGAUUUUUAUGGCCGUGACAGCAGCGAAGAGGAAUAUGACUGGAGAAACUAUCAGCCCAGCCAGAUGAGUGAAUCUGAGUUGCAAAUGCUGGCAAGCCUGCGGCGGCAACAGAAUGAAGAACUGGAGGACACAGGGGCUUCCCACGUCCUGAGUGCAUCCCAGGUUGACAACUGUAACGUCAGCAUUAGUACCAGCAGUGACGACACAACCACCUGGAACUCCUGCCUGCCACCUCCUGUCAACCAGGGUCGUCACUAUCAGAAAGAAAUGAAUCCACCUUCUCCUUCUAACCCCCGGGACUGGUUAAAUAUGUUGAGCCCACCGAUCGUUCCUCCCAGUCAACACCCAACAGACCAGCAUCUGGAUUCUUCUGGAAGCUUGAGCACUCAAGGCGAAGAAGACCCGAGUGUGGAGGAGGACGAGGAAGUGCUGACUCUGCUGUACGACCCAUGUCUGAACUGCUACUUUGAUCCCCAGACGGGAAAAUACUACGAGCUGGUGUGAAGCCUUCCUCCGGGGCCUAGAUUGGCCAUGCCCAGGCAGGGCAGGCGAGCCGUGCUGACCAUGACGUUGGCCCCACGCUGCAUGUGUCGGGCAGGCUCGCAGAAUCCAGAGUAACUGAGAGAAAUGAAGUUGUUUUGUGAAUAACGUUUGGUGUUAAGGAUGCCUACCUUCUCUUUGUAGAUGCAUGUGAUUUUAUUUUAUUUUUUUUUUGGCAGUGAAGUAAUUAAUA